UUCGAUUCAUUUGUGAUCACGUCAACUCUGAAGAGGUUGUGAGAAGAGGGCAGCUUGCGAUGGACAAAAACGUAUAUGAAGAGGCCUGUAUGGCUUACAAGUCCACCAGCAGUGACGAUGACUACAACGAAGCCUGCACGGUUUCUCCAUCUAGCCUAUCGGCUACUGAAUCUUUCAAUUUUGCUGAAGAAAUGUCGAGUAUAACCGUAACUACGGAGAUUUCUGAACAGCGAGAAACCUCGACCGCUGAUGAUAGUGCCACCACUGAUUACAUCCCAGGAGUCGGUAUGAGGAACCCCGGUCAGUCCCGAGCUCGGACUAGUACCAGGAAAAAAACAAGCUCCGCGCUGUCCCUGGUGCUGAUCUGUUGUCUGCUGGGCACUGUUAUCUAUCUGGCUUUGGCUGUGUCGGAUGUCAAACUAUCAUCCAGCCGACUAGGCCAAAAUAUGGCUAUGAACACCGCUAGCCUGCGGAACCUUUCUGAAUGGCUACAACAGGCAAUGAAGUCAGCAUUCGAUUCGCAAGAAAUGGAGAAGGUAGAAAGUAAAUUAGAAAAAAAUGAAGACCACGGAGACGCUCCGGAAGGCAGUACCAUCAGCAUGUCUCAGACGACCGUCUCAGAGCCACCAGACCUUCCAGAAGGCAAGAACGAAGAGCCUAAGGAACCGGAGGAACUGGAAGGUAAGGAGACUCUACUGUACAAAUGA